AUAUAGAUGUAUUUUGAUUUUUCUAUUGGAAAGCUCUUAUCUUUUCAAAUUGUUAGAAAACAAUUUUUUCCUGAGGAUAUAUAAUGAGUAAAUAAUGUAGUCUUUCUAGAACAGUUUUGCUUAAAUGAAGGUGUUUUUAGGGUUGUUGAGAUGCCCGAGAAGAAGUAAAUGAAUAUACUAUCAAUGAAAGCUAGGAAUUGAAAAGUAUUACUGUAUUGUUGGGCAUUCUCAUUGAGUUUAAGCUGCCUUCCUUGAAUAUUUAGAAAGCCUUUUGCAAGUAAAGGGUGUUAUUGCAAGUAAACAAUUGUGCAAAAUUUUGCAUUUGAUUAUGUGCUAAAUUUUUUAUAAUUUAAUUUCAGUAUCGAAGUGGUAAUUUUUACCAUGAUUUUCUAAAUAAAUGCAAGAAUGCAAAAUGUAUUUAGGACAUUUCUCCUUUCCUAUUAAGUAUAAGAACUACUUUGACGGCUCCUUGUGUGGUGGUUUGGUUUUGUUUUAAAGCUCUUCUUUCUUUGGCAAAACUGAAAUAUUUCAGUAUUAGUAUUGAUAUAAAUUGCACACUGGAGGAUUCAGUUUCCUCAUUCAGGUAAUCUCUCCUGGCAUUUUAAAAUGAGGUAGCCUGCCUGUGCGCACAUGUAUGCCAAGAUGCAGGUUUAUGUUUGUCUAAGAAUGACAUAAGCAUAUAUUUGCUAAAUCAUAAAACACAAGAGGCGAGAGAAGCUUGGGCAGACUGGUCAUAAUGAAGCAAAGCAUUUCUAUCAUGGGAUGAUAGCACAGGGUUAGAGACCUUCCACUGGGCUUCAGGUUGCACUGCUGCUUUUUAAUGAGUUUAUGGAUGUAUACAAGGCACCUCUGUCAGAGGUAUCAUUAGGCAAGUAUGAGAGCCAAGGCAGCGGCCCAAAUACUUGUCAACAUCAACAAUUGCUUGAGCAGGUCUACUCAGAUAGGGAGAGUGCAUUUGAUAUUUGGAGUUGAUGUUAAAACAGCCACGUUGGCAAGAUACUGCUGCUUCUGUGCUGAUGAUGUAUUUGAAUGACACUGAAUUGGCCUUUACUUUUUUUGUACAGGAGUGUUGUGCUUUGUUUUGUUUUUCUUCCCCAGGGGUGAUAACUCUAAAUCAAGUUCCAUUACUGACCAGCAAUAUUCUGUUCUUAUAGUACCCUGAAGUUACUGUUCAUGUUUGUGGAAAGAAUGAGUUUUAGAUUAAUAGACAAAACUCCUUGUUUUUGAAAGAUAACCCCAAAAUUAACAAACAUUCUCAUACACACAUAAAAUAAAAAGAUGCCAAGGUAGGAAGAUGCUUAGAUUUAGAAGCUUUUAAUGCUUCCUUCAUUAAAGGUAUUGGUAUUUUUGGAUUUGAGGGUCUGGUUUGGUAGUGCAGUUGGCAAUGCUGUGCCUGGGUCUGUACCAGCGGUUCUUAUGGAGGUCUGUUUCAGGAAUACAGCCUGGAAAUUGAAGCUUUCUGACAUUUUAGUUGGGUUAAAAUGCCUAAGAAGUCACAUCCAUACUCUUAUCAAGAAGUCAGUGGCUUUGUUCAGUAUUUAAAAAUCUUAAGUAAAAACUUGAUCUUAUUUGUAACCCUGAAGUGCUUUUAGUGUUCUGUCUCUGAGUUAACUGGUGUUAAUAUUCUGGGAGGGAAAGGUAUUUGCAUUCAUGAUUUUGUUGAGCCUUUUAUUCACACAUAGGCACAACAAACUGCUAAUACUGAAUCUAAGCAACUAGGAGCACCUACCUGGAGCUUAGAGGAAGUCUUUUGUCCUGACCCAGAAGCCCUGUCAUGGAAUUUUGUGCAUCUAAUGUAGGAGUCUACAGUUACAUUUACAAACUGUCAGACAACUAUGGGACAACUUAGACCAAAGACAGACCCGAAGGAGGAGGCAACAAAAUGCUACGCAAGGAGGAAGUGUUUUCUAGUGCCAUAGGACAUACAUCAAAACUGUUCCCAGCCUUCUCCCUUUCUUGCUAUCUCAGCGCUGACAAGUAAUUUACCUUCUUUGUGCCUUGUUAUCACCCUCCUUUUAAGGUGAGGUGAUUGCUUUUAAUGAAGAGGCUACAGAACUGUAUUCUGAUCUAAUAAGCGAUGCACGGUGUCAAGAGUGGGGAUGGAGACCUAACCCUGCCAGGGGAGCUGGUUGAUGGGGGCUGGGUUAGGGGAAGGUGGGAUAGUCUUGAGAGUCUUGAAUUUGCAUCUCUGUGCCCGGGUGAGUGUUGUGUCAGGUGGCUUUGUAGAGGAGGUCACACCCUCUCACACUACUGUGGUUGAGAUGGAGCUGGCUUUGUUGUUCAGAAGUAGUUAUUGGCGGCCUCUUUAAAAAGAAGACCCUGUGCAACUUUUUUCAUUCAGAUGCAGAUACAUGUUUGCCUGUAGGGUACAUCCUCUGUGGGCCUUUUUCACUGGCUUUUUCCUGAAGGGUCUGAUUAAAAGGCUGACUUUUGGUUCUCUGUGAGGUUCUUAAUCCCUUGGUGUUUGUUCUAGAAAUCUUCCACAUGGAACUGAGGCUUCUGGAUUGCAUUUUAGAAAUGAGGCACCAGUUUAUGUAUGGAGUGGAUUGAGUAGCUUUUCCCUAGCCAGGUUACUUACUUGGCUUUAAAUCAUGUUGUCAGUGAACAGAAUUAUCAUCUCCUUGGUUCUGUGCACUUAGAUGAUUUCAGUCCAGCUCUUAUGCAGAGUUAUUUCAUACUUUCCUGUUUCUCAGUUGAGUAACUUUGGCGGUCUCAUCAAAAAGGUCAAAGAUGGAAGAAACCAAAGUGGUAGAUCAACUAUCUCCCUUGGAGCAUGGUUCAAGGCAUUUUCCCCAGGUGGUUAUAAAUCCGGAAGCUAUUCUAUUAUGUUUUGGGUUUGGUGGUGUUUUGGGGGUUUUUUUGUUGUUGUGGGGGUUUUUUGUUUUAUUGUUUGUUUUAUUUGUUUCUUACUGUGAAGAUGAACAGAACUACUCAGUUUUGCUGUGUGCUAAAAAGUAUUUUAAGAUGACAGUUCUUUGUGAGUGACUUGAUUUAUGAGAGAAAAGUACAAUUUGGAGGUGGAAGGGUAUUCCGUGUUUAGUGACAGCUAUAACUGAGUUAUUCUAAGUGAAGAGUAUACCUGGGAAAAUGCUCUAGAUAAAGUGCAGGAUGUCUGCCUGUUUACAAGUAAUCAUCUGAGCUGUACAGUUUGGAUGCCUGAAGGGAAUGUGAAAAUCUAUUGACAUCUUUAGUUACUCAACUAGUUUAUUUUUGGGAGCUCAUGAAUUGGCAGAACAUGGUGACCCUGUCUGAAGGGGAAAAGUGUAAUGACUUUGAAUGCAGGAAACUUAGAGAAUAUUUAGUCAAAUUACUUGCCACAAUUUCUUUGCAGCAACUAUAAUGGAGAUUUUAACCCUUUGCCUUCCCAUUGAAGAUUUUUGCAUAGUGUUGAUAUAUUUUAAUGGAAACCCAGGACAACUCUGUCAACACAAAUCUGCUUAAUGCAUCAUACAACAGAAUUGAAUAGUCUGAGGUUUUCUUGUUUGAAGAAGGGGAAAAAUGUUUUAUGGUAGAUGGCUUGUUUGUGACUCUUUGUGAUGUUAUACCCUUCAUUUGGAAUAGCUGUAGUUUGGAUUCAAAAUUGGUCCUGGGCACAAAAUGCUACAACAUAUAAAAGACAGGGCUGGUAUGUGCACACAUAAUAUUGGAUGGUGAGCAAGUAAGGAGCUGAAAGAAGUUAUAUUUAUGUACAGAAGCACAGCUGUAUUUUGCAUUACAUUUAUACUGGGUUUGCCCUCUGUGGCUUGACAGAACCAGCAAACACGGUAAAAAAACUGACAGUAACAACUGUGAAGUCUUGCAGAAGUUUUGCCCUUCUUAUGAUAAAUUUUCUGCACAUGACUGAUUUGCACAAAACUAGUAACACUUAGCAUAGUGCAUAAGAAAGUAAGAAAAAUAAAGCUUUCUUGUAGCGUGUUCCUUGUAGCUACUACUUACAGUCCUGGUUUGGAGAGCUUAUACAAGGUUGCAUGGAGUAUCUGGGGAGUUUAUUCUGGAAAAAAAGUUGAUUUUCUUUUGCCUUUCAAUAUUCUCUACUCUUACACCAUCAGAAAUUCUCAACUACAUUGUCAGUGUAGUUGAAAGGCACUUCAUUGCUGGAAAUAAGUUACUUGCAAGCAUUUUACUUAGUGUUACUUGCAGUUGUCUUACUGAAAGGUUAAAGCCGUGUUCAUGACUCUUAAUCAUUCCGUAUCCCUGUAUUCAUUCACACAAUUAACUUGUAGUCUCACACCAGCAUUGCAGGAUUUCUUACAAAUGCUGAAUUUUGAGAACAUGGGACUUAUGGAUCACUCUGAAGGGAAAGAACCACUGAUUUGAUUUUUCUGUGUUGUACAAACAAAUUUUUUAAAAUGCAAACAGAUGAAGAAAUAAAGCAAAAGUUAAUACUUUGCGUGCUGACUGGACUCACGGAGACCAUUUUGCUUUAAAGGUGACUUAUCUCGCAUCCCUCUGUUUUAAAACAGAAGUAAUUUUUUUAAUUUUUUUUUUUAAUAAGGAAGAUCUGGAAAACUCAUGUAUCUGGAACAAUGUCAGCUGUCAGCUUAUCUGUUAACAGCAGUCCCUUACUAUUAUUAAAUACAAUUGCUGGAAAAAAAAAAAGUCUUGAGUCUCACAUCUUAAUUAAAGACAGGGAUGUUAAUUUUUGAAGAUUUUUUUUUUUCUGAAGUGUAUAUUAGUUUCAGAAAAUGAGGGUGUUUUUUUCUUUUCAGUACCCUCAGUGUGAAUUUUCAACUUCAUUUUAAUAUACCUAUGACUUACUCAUUUGUCUAGCAUUUUAGAUUAGCUGUUCCUUGUUUUAAGAAUAAAAGCUUCCUCCAUCACAGGAACUUUUAAAAAAUAAAAUAUUUCUGGAUGAAAAAUAUUUUUUCUUUCCUCCCCUUUGUCCGUCACUUUAAAUACAGUUUUAACAAUUAGAAACACCGUGUUGGUUAAGCAUGAAAAAAUGUGUAGUUAUACUUUCAUGUUGUUUAACAAUUUGUUGGUAACUGAGAAAGUUCUCAAAGAAACUGAUUUUUUAGAGGUGAAAAAACUCCAGUGUCCUUGAUGCAUCUCUUACAAGAACCUCUUGAAAGCAAAAUAACUAGUUUUAUUUCAAAAAUUAAACAAGGGAGUGUUUUUACAAUGCAUUGAUGACUGCAAAGACAUUAAUAUGCUGGAGACUUCAUAAUUUAAUCAGAUUCUUUGUGUAUUGUUUGUGUGGAUAAAGCAUCAUUUUAAGAAAAAAAAUUAAGUAAACUUCUCAGGAAGAAUUUCUUCCAUUUAAAUUGGUUCUUACGUGCAGUGUAUGUAGUCAUGUGAAUGUAUGCAUGUAUACAUACAGUAUAGGUGUAAGUUAUUGCCAAGAUAGAAUACAUCUGAUUAAUGAUCACAGGUGUUGGUUAUUGUUGUGACUUCAAACAAAAUGUGCUUUGCAAAUAGCAUUCAUCUCCUCUUCUUGCCAAAUAAAAUAUCCAAAUAUAAACUGGAUGCUAGUAUCAGGGAGAGCAGCACCUUUGAGAAGGCUGCAAAUAUGUUACGGCCUUAAUUUCAUUGAAAGCAUUGCCUCUCUUGGAAGUCGAAGAUGAAAGCAUUUGAGAGAGAUACUUUGUGUUAGGGUUUUUUGUGAGGGUUGUGGGUAACUGUGUAUAGGUUUUUAAUACUCAAACAAAAAAACCUUCCCUCUUCCCGAAGUCUGAACACUGUGGUGUUGCUAGGCCCUUUUAAUUUAUCAUUUUAGGGAGCUUGCUUUCCUACUAAUGCAGAAGCUGAAGAAGAAGCUAUGUGUAUUAUUUGCUCAUGGAAAUGCAGAACAAGUAGUAUAAACAACAGAAGAGGCUGUUUAUUAAAAAAAAAAAAGCUCAUCCAAGAGGUAAAUGAAAUGAGUAUAUUCCAGGGUGCCUUUCUGUGCACUGCUGGGCAGGGCACAGGACUCCGCGCUUGUGCUGUGGAUGUUGCUUCAUCAGUCUUUGCAGGGGUGUUUAGUGUCUGGGGGCCCCCUAAACUAACGGGGGUGGGCCUGGAUGUCACAGCAGCUGCAGCUGCAGGUCGUGGCUUGCCAGGCUGCCUGCGAGGGCAGGGGGAGCUGCCAGGUGCCUGGUUUGGGGGGCAGCCUGUGCUUCUUGAGACUGGUGAGCUCAGCUGCAGGGUGGACACAAAGCCUUUGAGAGAUACUGUUUCCCCAGGCUGUCACUUGGGUUCUUACUCGGCAGCUGAUGCGUUUCAUUGGGAAACGCACCAUCAGACAAGCAUGCUUUUAGACUCCAAGUGGCUUUGGAGCAGCUGUACUUACGGCUAAAUAAAUAUAACCCUCUGUAAGAGCAAAUAACUUUUCUACCAGAUAUAUGCACAGAUGGAUUGUAAUCAUACUGAGGCCUGUGUUUGCCUCAACAAGAGAAAAAAACCUAUUUGGUAGAGAGCUAUAAAUGGAAAUUUGUGCUUAGACUGGCUUGCAGCAGUGGUUGGAGAACAUUGCUCCAGCCUAGUAUGAACGAGAUAGGCAUUCAGGGUGUUUGUAAAACUACACAAGCUAGGGAGACACAGGACAUGAGCUACAACUGGAAUGUACUUUAAGAUUUAUUGGUCCCCUUAUGCCUACAUAAGUGUCUGGGAGCAGUUCUACAGCAGUGGGAGUGUACCUGGAUAAGAGAGAUGAAUGUGCCAGAGGUACUGACAUACUGGAUAUCUGUAUGCUCAGAGAGGGCAGGGGAGGGAGGACAGACAGCCUUCCCUGCUGGGGGAAACCCGGUGUCUCGACACCUCUAAAACACAGAUUUCAUUUUGGAUAGAAAAAUAAGAUUUUUUUUUUUUAAGAAUGCUAAUUUGGAAGAUAUUUAGUAAUUACAGCUACAUUUCCUAAAAUAUUUGAUUGUAAGUACAGUACAGAGCUAAAAUUAUAUGCAGACAGCACUUAUGCAGGCUGCUGCUUCUUCAGGAAGAAAUUAUGAUACAAAAAUAGUCAAUCUGGAAUAAGAUCAUUCCAUGAUUUUUUUUUUCUUUAAUGAAUGAGAGACUUCUUUAAUUAUUACUUUAAUGAAGUAUUGUUGAUCACUUCAUCUUCAAAUACUAAGAUACUUUAAUGAAGAAGCAUUUUGCUUUAAAAAGGCAGCUUCAAACUGAAAGCAAACUUGUAGAUUAAAACAACACCCUUCUGUGUCUUAAAAUAAAUGGAUUGUAUCUCUUGACAGAAAUGGUGCCGGUAUCCAGAGGAGGCUUUAUUAGGGCCAUGUGAUGGAAUUGCAUGCCUUAAAAGACUAAACAGUGUCUUUAAAUUAGUGCAUACAUUUCCAAUUGUAUUUUUUUUCUUUUAAGUUGUUAAGCUUUAGCAUGGGAGAGCAGAGGUGGUCAGUGGUUGCUGUUAGACACUGAGGUUCUCCAGAAGGCCUGGGAAGGGCACGGUGCUGCAGUUGCGGUGCCUGUUUGCUGAGGUCUGUGUGGCAGAAGAGGCGGCCACAGAUCUCGGGUCAGAGCUCGCUCUGCUCCAUAGGCCAGUUUUCCACAACCCUCAGCAAACUGGUCACCACUGAUUACUCUUUCCACGUGUUGAUUUCGUGCGUGAAGUUACUUUAGGGAAUUGAAGCCAAAAUUCAGGAGUUAGAAGGUUAAUAAUUUCCCUUGCCUUUUGGCUGUGUGUACAAUUUGCUUGGAGGGAGAGAGGGGAGAGUGUUAACCAUUUACAAGUAUACAUCUCCCCUUGUUCCUCCCCAGAAUGAUUGCGGAAAUUAUUUCUAGGCUGGUGUAGUGAAACAGCUAAGUUGCUCUCAAUAGUUGUAAGUACAGAGAUUAGCAAGAUAUUGUUACUGAAGAGUUAGUUCUCCACAGUGAACAGGAAAAGAAAUGCGUCCAUAUUUGGCUGAGGAAAUUUUUACGAUUGCAGCUAGACAAGGAAAGUAUCUUUAUUGCUAUGGACUUCAUUUUAAACUGCUUAUCUGAAGACUGCCAGAAGUGUCAUUUUACUUGCUUAAGGUAUAAAAAGUUUGAAAAGUUGGAGAGUGGUAAGCAAUUUCCUUUUUUAACAUUAGAGUUGCAGAUCUGCUUAUUUUAGAAUUUGACAAGAGAGCUGGUGAAGUGAUACUGGGAGUUGAGCAACUGACAGGUGGGGUUUUCCAGCUGCUGCCCUUAAAAAAACUGAGCAUUUAAAUUCGAUGUCUAGUGAAUGUUAGGUGGAUGUAUGUGUAUGAAAUUUUUCAAAUUAUUUUUGAGAAUUCACGCUCUUUCAAACCAUAAACAGUUCCUCCAAUGAUAUUGAGAAAUUUGGCACGCUGUAUUAUUUCCAUAUUCAAAAAAAAAAGUGUUAUUCCUCUUCCAAAUAAAAUACAUAUAUAUUAACAUGUGAAAUGUUUGGGAAAAACUUAUGUUUCUUCAAGGAGGGGGAGCUGAUAAGUAUAACUAAAGUGGUAAACAACUUCUUUUUAUUAGCUUUUUUACGUUCAAAUCUGUCCUGUUACUUUCAGAUAAGCUAGAAGUAAAAAAAUUACAUUAAAGAAAUUACCAUUAUGAGCAACUACUUUAAAAACCAAAUACAGUAAGAAGCUGUUACAGUUGCUUUAUUGGACGGAUGGUUCAUGUCUUUUGAAACAGUUUGUCCUGCUGUGGUAUCUUUGUGGAACUAAGUAUAUUUAACUGGAAGGCACCACAUUCUAGAAAAUAGACAAAAUGUACUGGGAAUGUGUGUGCAAGAGGAAGUGCAUCUGCAGGGACCCAUACACUUCUGGUUUCAGAAGGGAGAUAUUUUCUUCUUCCUGCUAGUUUUUUAGUCAUCUCACCUUUUUCUCGUGUGUUGGCUUCCUACGUGUUGCAGCAUGAAUGGAAACCAACCAUUGUACUUGACCUCAGUCUGAAAUCAAAAGUGCUCUGGGCCUCUGAAGCUGCUGCUUGGGGGAAUCCCCAUCUCUGCACAGAUGCUACUGUGGAGGUUUGUGCCAGCAAAAGGGUCGCACAUGUUGCUGAAUGUACCUGAAGAAUGUGGAAACCUUGCUUUUGUGAAGGACUAAGUUUAGAAAUGGCUACAAUAAUACAAACUUAGCCUGCUACGUGCAGGAGCUAAGUACAUGUAGAAGCUGUUCUUUUGUAUGAACUUUUUUCCUGGAUGGUCUUAUGUGCAGAUAGUGAUGAGUGUGAAUUUUCUUCUGGUUUUUGUUCAGUUUUGUGGCUCUAACAGUACUUUCGUGACUGUGAUUUGACAGAUUUUGUCUGCAGGGAACCUUUUGUGCUGAGUUGUCAGGAUUUUUAGUAAGGACGGGAGAGAACAAAGCCACAAAUAUAACUGGUGGGAGAGUCAGGAGCAGAAUUGACUUAAUCUACUGUAAUAGCUGAAUUUCAUCACAGUUAUGUGCAAAUUAGUACUUGUUCUUUCUAAUAUUGUGAUUUAGCAUGCUGUAUGCAUAACCCUCAAGGAUAUUUUUUUUUUGUAAGCAGCGGCUAUAAAUACAUAGCUUUUUAUGGAGAGACAAGAAACCAAGACGUGGAAUUUCAUCUCUAGUGUAUGCCUCUAUUUUAUUUUUUCUGUUACGCUUUGAUGCAUUUCACAACCAGAUGUCUGAUGGUUCUGCUCCUCCCUUGGUCUCCCUCCCCCCCCUCAAAUGACAGAAAUCUGACUUUUGUGACUUCAGAGCAGAAUGGGGACUGAGGACCGUGGUUGUGCCCCCUGCCUCUGGGGCCUCAGAAGGGCCCAUGGUGGCAAUGACAAAGCCCAUUCCAUGAUCUGCUGAGAGAGUCCUUGUUCCUGCAGACCAACUGCUGUGAUCUCUGCCGCGUUCCUGUGAAAAAUCAGCAUGAGUUUUGCUCUUAACUUGGCCAUAGACAGGGUCAAAGAGAAUAUUCAGUUAGAGGGCUCAAGGGGCAGGAGUUUGUCCCUGCACGGGUGGGCUCUGAGCACGUGUGACUCCAACGCAUCUGUUUCUUGUGGGCCUGAAAGCUGUUUCUUAUUUGUGGCACCUCAGAUUUUGCAGUUGUGGGAAAAGAACAAAAAGUCUUUUCCCUUGGAGUGGUUGUCAGGAAGGAGGUCGCAAAGAUGAGAGGAACAUACAUGUCACAGUAAUUGCUAAAAGCGCUGUCUUGCAGGAUUUAAGAGCCCCCUUUCCUUUUGUUAUUCUCUGUUUCCGAAGUGUCAUUUUAUGGUUAUAGUGGUCAUAACUGAUGUAAACAGAUGCAAAUCUGUAUCAAAGCUAAUCUACUUAUAGCUAUAAAUUAGUAUAUUCCUUUUUUCUUUAUUUAAAUUUGUAAUUGCAUGCAAGGAAGGAAUUUGAUGAGGCUAUUAAGCAUUGUUACCUAAUCCCUAGACAAAAUUAAUAACAAUGUCAUGUUUGCACUUGAAUAGUUCUGCCCAGUAUUCCUGAAUUGCUCUGUGUCCCCUGGACAUCAUUGCAGCCAAGGCUAGUGUAUCGGUAUGCAUAUAUGCCUUAUAAGUGACAACUCUAAUAAAAGCUAGAAAAAUGUUUUUAGAUCCAUGGUAAACCUGCACUGACUGCUGUAUGCUUAUCUUAAGUUCACCAUUAUGCAUGACACAGUGUCUCAUGGGCGGGCUGAAAUAGGAAGAAAUACCUCAGAGAAGCUUCAUUUGCACUUUAGCCAUCCUUAGGGUGGGAUUUCAACCUGAGUAAGAGACUAAACAUGAUUGAAAGGUUAGGGCACUAGCUUGACACUGAGUUGUGUUCCCUGCUCUGUCAUAGACCUCUUAGGCAAGUCGCUUUGUAGUCUCUCUCUCUGACUUAGUCCCCUUCAAUAAAAAGGGAAUAAUAGUAGUUCCCUCCUUUAAAGAGGUGUUGCCAGAGUAAGUGCAUUAAAGAGUAUGUGGUGCUGUUAUGAGGCCAUGCAACUCUGUAAAGUAGCAAUUGCUGUAAUUCAGUUUCUGUACUACAGUGCAAGAAAUGCAGCUAUGGACAAUAAAAAGAGUCAUUUGCCGUACAAAGGCAUCGUAGAACACUGGGGAGUGUUGGUUAGAGAUCUCUAGUAUGAGACUGACAUACGAAUGUUAGAGCUCUUGUACAGAUAUGGGUGGAUGAACUUCUGUGUGCUUUAGAAGACAUUGUGAUUUUUAUAUCAAAAUAGCCUUAACAUUUACAUCAGGGUGGGAGGAGUUCUAUGGAGUAUUUUAAGAAGUGGUUUUCUAUACCAGGUUCUAAAUUUCAGUGUAUCUGUUCAAAUUGAAGAUGCUUUGCUUGACCUCUUACAAAUGCAGUCUGCAUCUGCACAGUGUGAAGAAGUGAAUAGUGGACAAAACUGAGAUCAAGGAAUUCCAGAAGAAUAAUAUCUUGUUGGCUACCCCUUCACUCUUUAGUGCAAAACAGCCUGCUUUGUUUCUCUUUGUGUACCUGUUGAAAAUACAGAAUGUUGCACUGUACAGAUGUUGUGACGUGGGAUGAAUUGGUGUUAAUAUAUUGCUUUGAUUGUUGCAAAGUGUUAUAUAAAAGUGAAGUAUUCCAAUAAUGUCAAGUUUGUUUGUGGGCAAGUUCCUCCAACUACUUUCCCCAAUCAAAAUUUGUCUUCAGUGUAGCAACUAGUGCAGUGUUUUUCUAUCUCAGUUGAUUUUGUACAUCUUUCCCAAAUGGAAAUGAAUGUCAGCCUGCUGGUGGGAGACUGGACAUUCUUAUUGUUUGGAGAUUAGUUGAAAAUACAGUUAUCAAAAGCUCUGGGACAUGUUAAACUAGUAAAGUAUUUUAAAUAAGAGAGUGCUAUUAUUAAUAUCUAGCCGUUGUGCAAAAAUAGUUUAGAAUCCACUGGCUGCAUUAUGGAUUGUAAAGGCUCAUCGGUCUCAGAAUUUAGUUUUCUUCAGUGUGAGAGGAUCAGGUAAAUGCAAUUCAUACACCUGAAGGGAUGAUUAGUUCAUUAGCCUUUCAUUCUGAGAGUUGAAACUGUUUUAUGUAAAUGAUUUUUAAAUUUUUUUUUUAAUGUGUAGCGAUUUCUUCUGGAGAUGGUCAAGUGUUUAGCACUGAUCCUCUUACUGGCUCUUCUAAUAAGUUCCUGUGUGACUUCCCAAUUAUUUAUGGCCGUAUUUUCACAGUUGGGAAGGACUUUCUGUUCCUCUUAAUAGCAAUCACACAGUUUGUAUAUUUAGCAAAUACAGCUAUUCAAAGUGUAAUGUGGGAUUAUUGAUCCAAAAUGUUAUGUCUUCAAUUAGAACGCAUGUUACACUUCCGUUCUGCAUAACACUCACAAAAUUCCAUUGAUCAUUGCAACCUUAAUUUUGUGUUUUAUUAAGAACUGAGUAUUUAGCUCAAUUUAAAAUGGUUUUGUUAGGAUUUUUAAUAGAGAACACUUUUCCUUAUGCUGUUAUUGAAUGGCAUUUUUCCUUUCUAAUUGUAACAUGCAGGAUGGAUGGUUGGUUUGGUUUCAGGUAGGCUUGUUGAGCUGAAUCUUUGGGAAGCUUCUGACUUUGCUCUGAGUAAGUAUGAGGCUGGUGACACGUAUGGCCAGUUGUGAAAGUACUUCAUAAUGUUAGUAAGGAUACAAAUAAGCUACUACAGAAAUGGAAGAGGUUUGCUUUGGAUUUGGUCGGGUAUUGGGGCCAGCCAUCUGCUCUUUCUUUGUUUCUUUCUUUCCUCCACUGAAAUCCCUGUGGUUAAAAUGAGGAGGAGGUUGGGCAGGUAACAGGCAGGGAGCUCUGAAUCUGGGGGCCAGGAUAGUGCUCUGAUUCAUUAACUAACGAUUAAGAAAUUGGAGUGCUCUCUGGGCCCUUGAAUUCUUUAAACCUUGCUGGUAAUCCCCUGUGUGAUGAUUGUGCUUGCCCGUGUCUUUCAGCGUUCUACUCCCAGUAUUAACUAGUCUGCAUUUGCUUACCUUUGUUGUUGUUUUAAUGCCACAGUCAUGGCCAAGAGCUUGCUGUACCGAACAGCACAAUAAAAAAAAAACCUUUUAUAUUCAAUAGCGACCACAAAACUUCUCAAAAUACAUAAUUUUAGAAAUUUGAACUGAAGUCCUGUCAGUGCUGUUAAAGACUUGACUAUUGGAGUAGUUUUAUAACAGAUUAGCUCAGUCCGUAGUGGGAUCUGUGUGGAUGUGGGCAAACCAAGACCAGCACUGCUUCAGCUUAUGUAACUGCUGACAAACAAAAAGAUAUUUCUGGGUCGAGGAAGGCAUAUGACAAAAGAACAACUAUGUUAUUAUUUGUGUGAACUUUCUCCUUCAUUUUUUCAGCCCCAUCCCUCUUUGGUUAUCGCUACACUGUUGCAUCACGUCUCAAAUUAGACUUUUAAGCUCUUCGUGGAAGAAUCCCCGUCUAGCCUGUUAGUGGGUAUUGUUAAAGAUAAUACAACUUUUGUGACCUCAGCUCUUCAUGAAUAUCAGUGUAUUGAGUUUCAGGUAUUAUUCUAAUUUUAUGAACUGAUCUGAAGUGGGUGGCUUAAGAUCCGUGUCUGUGGCAAAGCUGGAAUUUGAUCCCAGAUCCUCUGAGGUUCUGCCUUUGCUUUUAGUCCCAGCUGUUCUCCAGCCAGGCUUGGGCGAGUGAUGAUGUCUCCUUGCUGCCAUCAGGAGUGUCUCUGCCGAGAGCUGCGGACUAGGUUUCGGGUGCAUUUAUCUGUCAUGAAGAAACCUCUGGGAAUGGAAAGUUUCAUCAUCUAUAUUGAACUUUCCUCUUUCUCUUCCCUUAUUUGUAGGCUGUUACCUCUUGUAAAGCCUUGAAGUAAUCUCUGAAGCCCUAAAGCUGUGGUAUUCCAUACACUGGAUACCUACGUAUGUCUGAUUUUGUGACGGAGUGCUGGAGCGGUCAGGGUGGAGACAACUGGACCUGCAGCAAUCUUUCCUGUUGCAGCCCAGUGCAUUCAGAUGGGUUUUCUUCUCAGGGCUAAAGUGCAGAGAGGUUGGGUCUGUCUCUGGGGUGUAUCCUUGCAAUUCUGCAGCUGGAGUGUUUGUGGCAGGACAGGCAUUGGGAGCGAAGGACAUGUGGCUGUGUCAGCUGUGGGAACGCGAGGGCUGGGAGAAGCUGUCGGCUGCUCUUUGCCAUUCUGACUCUGGAGCCUGCUGUGAUUCCUGCGUGUUGGAGUAUUCAUCCCACUGUUGCUAGCAACUGCCUUCCCUGACAGCUCCAAACAAAAAAGCUUAAUAUAGCCAUCUAAAUGCUUACAAUUAGAAGAACAGUUAACCCAUUUCCAGUGGGAAAGAAUAGUAUGUUCGUGUAACUUUAUGAAGCCUGAAAGCAGCGUUUCAUACUCCUUAAUUGCUGUGCUCUUUCUGUGCUCUAAGGCCACCCAAACCUCUUCAGAUCAUGGCAUUUAUCAUGAUGACAGACUAUAAUAACUAAUAUUCCUAACUUCAGUACAGUUUAUAAACAUAAACUAAUUUAAGAAAUGUACCAUAUACCUAUUUUGUUAAAGGGUAAGCCUGCACUGUGUUGCAAAACCAUUUGUAAAGGUGGGAUUUCCUGCAUAUUUCCUGCAUAUUUCUUUACAGAAGUCCAAUUUAUGUAGCUGUCUCUUGCUUAUAACUCUCUCUAAGAAUUUCAUGUUGUUGCUUUGCAAGGCGAUAGAUGAGUCUGGUGAAAAUCAUGAAUCUUGUUUUCAUGAGAUGAGAUUUGUGCAAAAUUUCAAUUAGUGUGGAAAUACCACUCAAAGUUUUGCUUGAUAAUGAAUCAAAUUUAGGAUCUGACUAUUUGCUGUAGUACCUUUUCAAUAGCUGGUAGAAACAACAUCAUCAGUUCCUUCGAAAAUAAAUCAGGGUGGGUUUUUUUUCCUUUUGUUCUUUGUUUAAUAAUCGUCUAAGUUUUAAAUUCUGGUCUGUCUCUUUAAUAGUUUUUCUUCCUCACUCAUGCUGAUUUUGUUCUGUUGGAGCUGUUUGUAUAAGCCAGGUGUUGUCUGGCUUGCUUGUUGUAAGGACAAGAGUAAUCAGCACUUAAUGGGCAUUUUCUGUGUAACAAAUUUUGUGGCUUUCUCAUCCCUUUAAAAUAAAAUUAUGUGGAAAAUCCCAGGUGUAUUUUGAAAAGUGAACCUCUAGUACUCUCAAAGGACUGUUUUCUGAAAACUUCCUUUUGAGGUGCAUCUGUGGUAUUUCAGACCCCGUAAUUCAAAAGCCAAAAAUGCUUCUCUAUAAUGUCCUCCACACUAUAAUGCUUCUAUGUCAUUAGUUAGAAUGUGGAAAAUUGUGGUGAUAGGGAAUAAGUAAAACUACAUAUAUGGAUGUAAAUAGUGGGUCAAACUAUAAGCAGAAUGCAUGCUUAGGUGAAUUUUAAGAAAAUUAUAACAGAAAAGAAAGCUGCCUAGUCAAAUAACAUCUAUGUGAACACAUUUUCACUGCUUCUACUUUAUGACAUCCUUUACUAUAAUUGACCAAAAUAUUUUACUUAAGUAGGAUUUGUAUUUCUCCUUGGUUUGAUUAGCUCAUGAGGUGUAGUUAAUAUUUUCUUCUUGCAUAUGUAUAUUUUUCCUAAAUAGUAUGGCAGUUCUACAUUCUGUGUUCUUUUACUUGCUGUAGGUAAUUAACCUAUGAUACUGAGUGUCAGGAGUGAUCUAGAUUGGAGCAGUAGUUUGUCCCAUCUGGUGGUGCAAUGCAAGCUACCAGAUUUGGUGGCACAUAGUCCUUCAGCAUGGCCAUUGUCUCCCCUGCUUCACAUCGCAGAGCUGAUGGAUGUCACUUUCGAAUCUCUGGUUAGUACGGUGGUUUCAUACAGCUUUACUAAUCCCAGCCGCUGAAAAUGGGAAAGUGAAAGUGGUAACAAAGUAAUUUGAACCAUGCUGUCCUCAGGGCAGAGAUGCCCUUCAAGUCAGUCAUAGCUUUAGUCUUUCUCUGCAGUAGAAAUGGGCCAAUCACCUGAAAAUUUGGGUAGGCCAUAAAUGUCUUGGAUGUGUGCUACUUACUUAGGUAUGCAUUGGCCUGCCCCAGGCAGGCGCCUUCGGGCAGCAGGGCAAGUUGUCAGGCUGCCUGGAUGCCAUGUUUUCCCUUCUGUUGUCUGCCUGUGCAGCAGCUUUCCUUUGAUCUCUUUGCCCCUGUUAUGGGCAGGCUGUAAAGAGUUCCUUCUUUGCUAUGCAGUUACUCAAACAAGUAAGCCUUCCCCAUUUUAUAGGCGUUAUUGAUUCUAGGACUUUUAUCUGGUACAGUUCUUGGAGGUGUUGUGGGGGGAUGGUUGUUCGUUCUUUUGUAGUGGGGUUCUUUUAAACCGGAGAAUGUUCAGGUGAUUGGUUUUGCUUGUUCACUUUGGAUUUCAGUUGCUGCCCUUCUGUGGUGCAAGGCUCCUGGAAAAUUGCUGUAGAGAAAGGCUUUCUAGGUGUCUGUGGAAAAUGCUUUCCCAUUCAAGAUAAGGUGACAGGGAUAUAAAGCCAGCAUCCUCCAUUUAAGUUUUUUGGCUUUCUCAGACAAUGUUGUGCUUCUCAGUUGCUUUGAGCUUUCUCCUGCCUUUCUUCAGAAGAGAGAUUACUGUGCUCUGCUGUAUAGAAUUUGGAAACAUGGUCUGUUUUCUGUUUUUUCUUGUUCCAUCCUGGGGCAAUAUGUAGGAAAUCUGUGCUGUUAUCCUUCCUGUUCAAGGUGUCUGAAGGUGGUGAGUGGGAGGUUGCAAAUGAUCUGCAGGAAUUUUGCUAUAGCUAACUGUCUGGAAGAACAUGUGGCAGAGUGAGUGUGUGGGAGGGGGAGAGAUUGAAGCUGUUUUCGUAUACAGCAGAGUAAGCGUAGGAUAUGGAUAAGCUGUGCAAUAAGCUUGGCAAAUCUUCUGCCAAACACAAAAACUGACUCCUGUUUUCAUCGCUUUCUUGGUUCUUACUCAAGACCGUUGCAAUAGGUGGUGUUGGUUUCAUAGGCAGUGGUUUUCACUGGGGCAAACUUCUGUUAGCUGGAACAAGUUUCUUGUUUGUGAUGCCCUUUAAGUCUCCAGUCAUUAAAAAAACCCACAAACAAACACACGAAACACAAACAAAAAACAAACCCGCAAACACUACCACCAAAACCAGAAACAGAACCCACUCUAUUAAACUAUCUCUGUCCUGCUAUUGCACUGGGGGAAUUAAAUUUUCUUUGCCCUUUCUGCACAUAUGUAAAUAGCAAACCUGACUUUUAUCUUGUGCAUGUAGAUUUAAACCCGUGUUUUCUUGCAGGAUUGGAAAGGGAACUGGUAGCUAGGAUUCUAUAUUCUGUUCUUGAUUUUUUGACCUGGUUGGUUGUGUGAUCUUAGAAGUGAGUUAGUUCCUCUGGUUUUGUUCCUCAUUAGUAAAAUGUGCGUCAUGAUUCUUCACCUAUUUCAUAAAUGUGGGAUUUGACCAUAAUGAUGAGCAAAUUAAAGAAGGCUCAAUUGCUUUGUCUCAGAAGAACACUGACUAGCUUGCUGCAUUUGACUGAAUUGUAAAAAUUGUUGUUGGAGUCUGUUCAUCAUCAUUAAAAGUGAUUAAGCUUCUUGCAGCAGUAAUCAGUAAUUUGAAUUGGUGGCAGGAGGAUUUAGUGAGACAUUAUUCUCUUCUCUCUUAAUUUGACAGAUCUCCUGUAGCAAACUGUGGCAGUGUUGUUGCAGUUAAGUCAGUGAAUGUACAUUAGCUAGAACCCAGGAACACACUUCAUUUUUCACAUUAAAAAGAACACUUGUUAUUUUCUGCACCCUUAACUUUGCCAGGGUCUGAGGAGAGGUUGGAGUCUUUCCUGAGUCAUUUCUGCAGCAUUCUGUCAGAGACAAUUAUGCGCAAAUGAUCUCAAAGGAGAUUAGGAAUAUGCAAAAUUUAAACUUGCUUAUCAUGCCAAGUGUAAGUGGUGUAGUAAGUGAACUAAGGAAAAGUACAGGACAGCACAGCCCUCAGCAACUGAGCUGAAGAGUAGAGUUUAAGGUUACUACAAUGUGUAAGGUCGUGAACUUGAUAUAUUAAAUUGUGCAAAUAUGUGCAUAUUUAGUGAAGAGAGUAUUUAACGAAAUAGAGUAGUGACGGGUGGUUACUAAAUACACAGGCAAAAAGUUUUAGAGGGAGUUAAAGAUAUUUUCUAUUAAAUGGUUGCUGUGGACUGUUUUAAAUUUGUCCUCUAAAUCAAAUAACCUUUACACUUAAUUAAAACCUUUUUAAUGCCUUUUUUUUUUUUUUUUUUCAACAGCAAACUCUCCAGGCUAGUGAUAAACUAGGACAAGAUUGUUGCAAUGGAUAAGGAUGCCUAAAUGGUUUUGUAGAACCUAUUUUGGGUUGAGUAAAACCUGCUCAGGGCUGGUACCAGCCGAGUGAGUGCCUGUGCCCCACACUUCUCAGCAUAAAAGCAAUGCAAGGUGUCAUAACACUUCAAUAUAUUUGGAGGCAAGACACAGUAUCUUCUGGGAACUGCGGUAUCAGAACUGGCCCUGUGCUUUGUUCAAAGGACCUGUAACUAAGUGGACCCUACUGACCUCUGAACCACAAAGGAUAAGAGUGAAAAGAAGUGGGAGAACCACACGAAGAAAAAGGAAGUGGAUGCACUUUCAUCUGGACUUCUUUCCUGCCCUUUAUUACUAAAACUGAAUGGAAAAGAGAGACUUCUGUGCCUUUCCUCCCCCAGCCUCAGGGAUGGGUGGGUUGUAAAUACAGUGUAUGCAGCUGGGGGAAUAGACUGAACCAUGAAUCUUCAGGCUCAGCAAAAGUCUUCAAGCAAAAGGACUGGGAAACGGCUUGCCUAUUUUAGUGAGCAGGAAAUCCCUGUGUCAUCUAAAGAACCACAGCAGCAGCUUAAGGAAGGACAAUACUAUGGUCAUGGAGCGAAUGUACCGGUCUCCCAAACUGUGGAGAUUUCUCACACAGGAGGACUGACAAGUGCCCCCAACAAUGUUGCAUUGAUGAACUCUGUUUACAGUCAAGAUAGGGGAGAAUCAAUGAUGAUGCCCCAGACAGUAACAGCUGUCAAAUGGCAGAAUUCACUGAUGGGAAACCGGUUGCCAGAUAGGGGUGACAGCCACUGGCAGUCUCCACCGUCGAUGUGGAACCAUGGUAUGGUCUUUGGGGGCAACCCGAAAGGACCCCACUCCAAUGCUGGUGGCCCAGGCUUCUAUGGCCACCCAGAAGCCCUUAAGAGAAAUCAAGAGAAAGGAGUAUUCGUGUCACAGCUGGAUUUGUAUGGAGAUGCUGUCCAGCAGAUGAUGUCCCAGAAGGCUCAGCUGGAACAGCAAGCCCUGGUGAGACAGCAAGCUCAAAUGAAUUCUUUUCAUCAGAUGCAGAAACAGCAGCAGCAGAAUCAAAGUCUGCCGCUACAGCCUUUCCAACUUGCAUUUGGUCACCAGGGCCAAAAGCAGGGUCUUCCUGAAUUAUUACACGUCUUUCAAGAAGCCCCAGCUUCUUCCAGUCCAGCAUUUACUGCUCAACAGAAACAGCAAGCUCUUCCCCAGCUACAACUGUUUGAGAAUUUCUACCCUCAGCAGCAGCAGCAGGCUGCCACACAAGCCUUCAGCCUGCAGCAAACGACUUCCAUAGCACAGCCUCAUGUGGCAGCUGCAGCGCCUCAGCAUCACAUGAUGGCACAUCAGUUUCAGCAGCCAGAGAGGAACCAGGAACUAUUCAAGGCUCUAACAGAGCAGAACCAACAGACUGUCCUACCUCAGACCCAGAUUCCCUUUCCAAGGAGGUCACGGAGACUCUCCAAAGAAGGUGUCCUGCUGACAUCUACAGGAGAAGUGGUGGCUUCCAAGCAGGCAGAAGAACAAGCCAGCAAUUUAUUUCUGCAUCCCUGGCAAACGCAUCAGCAAGAGGUCCCAUUACAGCAGCUGCCUGAAUCGCUGGCCCACAGCAAAAGCAGCUUUUUGCACCCCAAGAGACUGGAUAUGGGGCAGAAGGAUGUCCUGGUGAAUAGUGAGCUGUGCCAGAUGGAAACAGACAGACAACCCACAGCCCAGAAUGGCAGAGAAGGGGAGAAACAGGUGGCAGCAGCUGAAGAAAAUACUCAGAGCACUAAUGAUUUUCAGGGUGUCAGAGGUGGUGUAAUCCAGAGUACACGACGGAGACGGCGUGUUUCUCAGGAAGCAAAUUUGCUAACUUUGGCCCAAAAAGCUGUUGAGCUGGCUUCUCUUCAGAAUGUAAAGGAACUGGAUACUUCAGAAGAGAAGAGUGUGCUGAUGGCUGCUCCAGGGCCUACAGCUGCAAAAAGUGUUGUGGAGUUUGCCAGUUCUUCACCAGCUCCGAAAAGAGCCCGGGAGGACAACAGCCUCAUGCCUCUUAUCAUUCCGGUGUCUGUGCCAGUGAGAAAAAUUGACUUGCAGAGCCUUGGAAAGGAAAAGUCUGAGGAUGGAAAGCUCCAGAGAGGCCAAACAAAUGAUCGAGCUUCUUGUGAACGCAAACCUUCUGUGAUAGUCACUCGGAGGCGAUCUAAUCGUAGUACUAACAUGGAAACCUCAAAUCAGCAUGAAGAUGCUGCUCCAAAGGAUGAAGCAGAGGGCUUUGCCCGGAAACCAAAGCAGCGGCCAAGACCUGAGCCACUCUUCAUACCACCAAAAGCUGGCACCUUUAUUGCACCCCCUGUUUAUUCUAACAUUACUCCGUAUCAGAGUCACUUACGGUCACCUGUCCGUCUGGCAGAUCAUCCUUCAGAUAGGAACUUUGAGCUACCUCCUUACACUCCUCCACCAAUUCUUAGUCCAGUGAGGGAAGGCUCUGGGCUAUAUUUUAAUGCUAUCCUCUCUUCAAGUGGUCUUUCAGUUCCACCUCCAAUGACUCCCAAAAGUGCUCACAGAACUCUGCUUAGAUCAAAUAGUUCAGAAGUCACCCCUCCUGUUCUUACGGUCGUGGGGGAAGCCACCCCAGUCAGUAUUGAACCGCGAAUAAACGUAGGAACUCGCUUUCAAGCAGAAAUCCCAUCACUCCAGGACAGAUCUCUGGCAGCAGCUGAUGAACAUAAAGCAGAGCUGGUGUGGCAGCCAUGGGGCGACCUGGAAACCAACAAAGUCACCCAGGAGAAUGUGGAAAACCUGCUAGCUGCUGCCUGUUCAAGCAUUUUUCCUGGGGGUGGAACCAACCAGGAGCUGGCGCUGCAUUUCUUACAUGAAGCCAAGGGAAGCAUUCUGGGAGCUUUGACCCAGCUGCUGUUGAAGAGGCCCGUACGAUCCCCUAUGCACCCUUUAGCAGAUUAUCACUACACAGGAUCAGACAAGUGGAAAGUUGCUGAAAAAAAGCUUUUCAACAAAGGCAUUGCCAUCUACAAGAAAGACUUUUUCUUGGUCCAAAAGCUUAUAAAAACCAAAACAGUGGCUCAGUGUGUGGAAUUCUACUACACAUACAAGAAACAAGUGAAAAUUGGUCGGAAUGGGACCUUAAUCUUUGGGGACAUUGAUGUUGCUAAUGAAAAGUCUAUGAAAGAUGAAGCUGAAGUUGACAUCAAGAGUUCCCAUAGGUUUGCACGUGUUCUUCCUCCCAGAAGGGAUAUUUACAGUGAAGAACAGGGGCAUGUGGAGGAGGAGGAGGAAGAGGAAGAAGAAGAGGAAGCAGAGGAAGGGUUGGAUAACAGAAAGAAGAGCACAGUUCCUCUCAAAGAUGAACAGACACUACAGGAUGGUUUAAUAGCCCACGAUGCCAGCAUGAGGAGUCAAGAGGCAACUGUCACGGGCAGAAUUGGGAGGAAGCCAAGAGAGACACCAGUGAAGCCUCGAAAGCCUGUUACUGCUCCGGUGCACAGGAGGAGGCGGAAACAGAAGAUAAAAUCAGAUGCUACCAGUAAAACUCCGAACACAGAAAACACAUUUCCAUGUAAAAAAUGUGGCAGGGUGUUCUACAAGGUGAAGAGCCGCAGCGCUCACAUGAAGAGCCAUGCGGAGCAGGAAAAGAAGGCAGCCGCGCUGAAGCAGCAGGAGCGGGAGGCGGCAGCGGCAGCAGCAGCCGCGCAGAGCCGGGCCCAGCAGGAUGAGAGCAGCGAGAGCGGGAGCAGCAGCAGCGGGAGCAGCAGCACGAGCUCAGAUGAAGAUGGAGAAAUAUAGCAGCAGACCAGAAGUGGAGGGAGUAGCAAGGCUGGACCCAACCUCCCUCUUGGCGGUCUCAGUUUUUUUGUUUGCACUUUUCUUACCUGAACCAUCAGGUCUCAGUUUCAGUGCUGCCGUUCCCUCACGCCACAUGUUCCACUUCACCUUGCCAGUACUGACCAAGCCGGAGUGGUGGAUGGAAAGAUUUGUUUCAACUUGGAUUUUAUUUUUUAAACAAAUAAGAUUUCUAUUCUAUUUAUAAUUAUACCUGAGGUACAUGAUAGAACAAUGUCACCUGCAGUGGAAGUAAGUUCUCUUUCGGGUCAGUCAGACCUUUCUUUUUGUGCUUGUCAGGAAUCAUGAUAACAGGACUCUUGGAUAUUAAGGUUUCCAGACUGGAGCAAAAAAACGAUGCUCUGCUCUGAGCUAAGUGUAUCCAGUUACUGUGACACUGGUGAUUUCUAGAUGUUUCCUUUCUCAGCAAGUUCUCUUUCCUGUUACACUUUCCUGGCUUUCUUUCUGAGCGUUUUUUUCAGGCCGCCAACAAGUUUUGUGGAAAGAUGGUGUUUGUCCUUUUGGCCUCUGCUUCGCAAAAUGAGAAGUGGGAUGAGCAAGACACUUUUUCCUUUUGAGAAGUUUUAUUUUUCAAAAGGAAGCCUGAGGUGCUUUUUAAAGUCCAUUAAGAAUGCAGCAAUGGAUAUGAAAAUAUCCUGUGGGAUUACAGUAGCCACAGGCCUUGCGGGUUGUCUCGUCUUGGAAAAAAAAAUAGUUUGUCUUUGAUUAACUUGAUGGAAAGUAGUCUGGGCUUCACAAGUGCAAUUUAAAAUGAAAACUGCUGGUUUUGACUUUGCAUAAAAGGGAGCAAGUUUGUUUAGUGAAAAUGAACCAAGACCUUCUCAUGCACUGGACUGUGUGCACCUCCGAGAUGGGAGGAACAGAGUCUCAUCUCCAGCAGCGAUCCCUCUGUGAAUAGCUUUUACCUCUUAACACAUCCAUUUCUGUCUUGUGACAGCCUUCAUUUAUUCCUCAAAGUUGCCAUUAUCAGGAGCUUGUAUGGUGGGACCCUAGUUCACCAAAUACUCCUGUCAGAAUGCACGUGCAGGAGGAGCUUGUCGUUUACUUCCCCGCUGGUGGCUGGACAGCCCUGCCUGCUGGGUUGUCCUGCUGUGAGCCCUGCUCUUUGCUGAAGGGCUGACUCUUACUUCACAACUGACACAUGCUGAUAGCCCAAAAAGUCUGGUCACCCCAAAGCCUGCUGGUGAAAGAGAGUUAAGAAGUGGUCCAGCUGACGUAGAUGUUAGAUUUGCACAGGAUUGUUCUGUACGUCUUUAUAGCCCACAUUCAUCAUUAUUUUGUAAAGACGUAAAGAAUCGGGUCACUUCCAUGUGCAGUCCCGGCCUCAUGCCCCAGCUGCCCGGCUCCCUCUCUCAGCCCGUGCUGGUCCCGCAGCGUCCUGGGUGCUGGCACUGUGCGAUGUGCUCUGGGUGACCCUGCCUCAGCAGGUGGGAUGGACUAGAUGAUCUCCAGAGGUCCCUUCCAACCCCAAUCGUUCUCUGAUUCUAUGAGUUGGCGUCUGCGCUGCCGCAGUGAUGCAAAACCGAAGGAGCUGAUUGCUCCUGCAUUCCCAAGCAGGGGUCCGGGGGGGUUGCUGUAUGUGAACCGCACAGUGUUCCCAACUGGAUGAUUUUUUAAUUUUGUAAAUCUUCACCCUUGAGGCUGCCAGAUAAACACCAGCUUAUCUAUGGAGAGUGGCUCUAACUCCAGCGUGCCCUCUGGCAAUCUUGUCCUGCCCCAUGGUUUUAGGCAACCAUGACCACUUCAGCCUCCAAGUCUUGGGAGGCUGUGUAUUGUACCGUGUUUGCUUUGACAAAUAUAUCCUUUUUCUUAAUAGUAGAAACAGUUGCUAUUCUUACAAAAUAAGUAGGAGUAUCAUUAAGGGCUGCACUUUUCUCAGUGUUGACACUUCAGCCUUUAAGUGUUCAGUUUUCUGCCAAGGUUUUAUUUGUCAUUCCUAACAAAAUUAGGUUUCCUUUCAGCAUUUGGAUGACUGUUUCAUGUCCCUACAUGCACGGGUCUUGUUGACUAACUAGGCCGUGGAAGCAGAUGGCAUGUCAUAAACUGUUAAAAUAAUUCAAAAACUGCAAAGAACAAAAAGCUACUGAACUUAUAAAAGAAGUUUAAGCAAAUCAGUCUUCCUAUUAAGAGUUUCAGCGUUGAUUAUUUUUCCUUUUGUAAAAUGGAGAAAAUGCUUAUCUACCAUUAGCCCAGGGCCCUUAAAGAGAACAGGAGCUUUGUCACGGUGUGCUGGGACAGACAGUAAGAGAAGCAACUGGACUGGGAUUAAUUCCAGUAAAAAGCAAUGAUGCAAUUACAAUUCUGAAGUGUGUUUCUGGGAAGUUGCCAAAAGUUUCCAGAUCUUGCAAACUGCAGGGCAGCAGUUCAGGAACAAGCAGGGCUUGUGAGUAUAUCUAGAAAGGCUUUAAAAUAAUGUAGGUAUAAUUAUACUGUUAGAAUGAAUGUAUAUGUCUGGAAUACUAGUGUUGCCGCUGUAGAACAGUGUGCAGCUACCUAACAGAGACUGGGAACACCUAGAAACACGUAACAAAUGGAGGUGGAAUUGGAACUGGCACACAUUGAGAAACAUGGCAAAAAUGAAGUGGUUUGGGUUGUUUUUUUUUUUUUAAUUGGAGAGGAGGUCUGAUUAAACUCAAACUAAAAUAAGGUUAAUCAAUACUGUCUUAGGAAAAUGCUUUCACUGCCCUUGCUAAAACAGUGCAAAAUCAAGCAGUGUGUAAUCCCUUAGGAAAAAACAGACUGUUCAUAUUGGGACAAACCACAGGUCUGUUUGGCUCCAGGUCUUGUUUCUGACAGUGAUCAGGAGCAGGCGCUCAGGAGAACGCAAGGGACAGUGCAGACUAGUGGGUGUCGUUCCAGCUGAAAAAUAGGAUGCUACACUAGAAGAACUUGCAUGUGUUCUCUGGCAAGGCAAAUCUGCAGAGAGGUUUGCGCUGAAAUGUACUGUUCUCCUUACAGGCAGAAAAUCAGGACAUUUCUCUGCCUUCUGCUAUUCUGCUCUGUGUAUCACCUGCAUUUACUGUAAUAUUUUUAGUGUCUGGAAGCAGGCCUGGGUGAUAAUGAGCAAACAUUUAGUCUUGGCCCUUAGGAAUUGUCAAACUUGAAGUGGUUUUAGGCACGGCAUAGCUAAUUAUGGUGACAACCGAUCAGACUCAAUGAAGUACAAAGAUAGAGGGAACAAAUGAUGGGAUUGUUUUAAGUACCAGUUUAAUCUUCUUUCAGAUAUGAUGAUGCUUGAAUGUAAGCAUUACUAUAGUCUUCCAACGACCAGAUCUUUCUCUGAUUCUCCCUAUUUUAAGAAAUUUAUAUGAGUAAUUUUUCCUCUCAUCAAGGAUACUCCAUAGAGGUGCUGAUAAGAACAAAUCAGAGGUUUUCUUUAAUUGCACAAAAAUGGUGUAAAUAUUACACACUGAAUCCAGUACUGGCUGUUUGUCUCCCACCCUGCUGCAGUAGAAGAGAACAGGAAGAUUUGAUACAGGGAGGGCUGUUACUGGAAGAAAAUCAGAAAAGGGCUUUUUUGAGGACACCCUCUAACAGCUGUGGGUUAGCAGAGCUGACCAAAAUCAGGUAAAUGUUCUAUGUAAGUGGCAUCAAAUGGACAUGUUUCUGAGCUUGUUUACAUAUUGCUAGUAGCCACCAGAAGGCCUCUUUUCUGUCAUGGUAAUAAGUAAAAAUGUUCCUCUGAGUGUCUUGUUUAAAAACAAACAAGCAAAACCAAACCUGCUGCCCAGUUUCUUGUGGUAGGAGUUUGGAAUUGACCCUACAUCUGAAUUAGAUCCUGCCUACUAGAAGAAGUUGGCAGAGAUUUGACAAACCAACCACUCCCCAGUUGCUGUGGACAAAGCAUUUGAACUGAAUUUGUCUAAUCUGGAAUGAAUUCUGUUACUCUUCAUAGCAUGGAAAAAAUAACUUGAGAGGCUCUUUACUGCAGCACAGUGUUAAUUUAAGGCUGUGUUGUUUUAAUCACAAUUUAAAAAAAAUAUAUUAUUUUCUAUGUUCUGUUGAUUUGUCCAUUUUAAACCCCUAUGCUCGUUAUCUUCCAUUGUUUAAAGGCAUCUUUACUGAUCCUUACUUAGUAUAAGGGCUUGCUGUUAAUUAAGAAAAAAGGCAGUAUAUGCCCAGUCAUUAAAUUGAGUUUGAACAAGGCAUCUCUUGGCUUUAGCUGCCUUUUCUAUGGGAACAAACACAAGAUUUAUAGACUCCAGUUCUGUGAAUGUGAUCUGCCUUCUACAGUGUGAGCCCAGGCUUCAGGGGGGGACGUACCCCAGAGCCAGGUGGCUGUAGUGCAACAGCUUUACCUGUUUGAGCGCUGAUGCCAGCCCUGGGCCUUGUGGAGCUGCAGCGACAGGUCAGGUUUUGCCCUGGUCACGUACUUGUGCCCCUGUUGUCUGCCCUUUGCAGGGAGAUUCAGUCUGUCAGGUUUGUGGUCUGCACGGGGUCGCACCUCUGUUUCCUAAGACUGUGUGUGUAUAUAACAACUAGAUACAUGCAUGCACUUACCUGAUAUAGCCGCAGGUGCUUUGCAGUCUCGCACAAGAGCAACAACUCUGCAUUUUAAUUUAUUUGAUGCUUUUUCCAUUUACUGAUAACAGGUAAUGGUAUCUGAGAUAAAUUCUGUAGCCCCUCCAUUUACUGAGUUCAGUCGGCUGUGUUGGACCUUGGCAUUUGGCCAGGCCCGGGCAGGAAUACAGGAGGUGGAAGGAGAGACAUUCUAAAGCUUAAAGGUAACUCCUCUAUUAAUCCCAAACUAGAGAUAAAACGUGAAGUCCAAAUUAGCUAAAAAUACCCUCUGAUUGAUCAAACUGAGGCUUUGGGUCAUUUUUUAUCAUUGCAACAAACUUAGAUUAAAAUCAGCAUUCAAAAAAAAGUGUUUCCUAAACAACAAAGAGUGAACUUUCUCCCUCUCGGCAAUGGCACACUUUCUAAUUCUCUUUCAGGCAGCAGACUAGAAAGUUUCUAUAUAUAUAUAUAUAUAUGUAUCCUAUUUUAAAGGAAAUGGGAGCAGGGAGGCCUGUAGCCAUAGGAGUCUUGUCUGCUGUCACACAGAGGCACUUUUAGCCCAGUGAUUACCUCGGCCAGAAACCUUACUCUAAACUGCAUUUUCCCACACAAACUUUCUCCCUGUUUUACCUUCUGAUGUAUGUCUGAAAGUUUAUAAAGCUUUAAAGAGACAGAGAAGCAGUGUCUACAAAUGGUGUUUGAUAUUUUUUGUUGUUUUUUGUGGGGGUGAGUUUCUAUGUGAAUUUGUCACUUGGGUUCAGCUGCUUUACUCACCCUCAUUUUCUCCCGUGUCAAACCUUAGGAAGACACAAACUUUGACUCCCCAGCUGUCUAAGGAUUUUUCUUUCCCAGAUUAGGAUUCCACUGACAGCUGAGCCUGAAAAAACUUUAACUUCUCCAGAUUAGAAGACAACAUAUAUUUUUAUAGAAAUGUAAUUGUAUAUUUUAAAAAACAGUUUCCUGCAGCUUCUCCACAUGUACCCUUGUAGUUCAGAUUUGAUAUAAACUUUUUUGUGUUCAUUCUUUUUAUGUUCUGUUUUAAAAUUUGUAGUCAAAGCUUUGUUGUACUGUACAGGAGCAGUCAGCCUUUGUAAUUACUAUAUAAAUGCUUUAUAAUAAAGUAUAUUACUUUAACAAGUGAGCAGACACUUCCUUUUGUGUGUUUGCUGCCUAGGGCACCUUUUAAAAAAAGACUGUUACAUGUUUAAAAUGUACAUAUAUAAAUAUAUUUACCUGUUGCUGUACAGUUGUCAUAGACUGGACUGAAUUUAUUUUUUGUGUGCUUUUUUAUAAAAUAUUAAUACACUAAAGGAAAUCUUGCUGAUGUGAUUGUAAUGUACUAUGUAACUUAUUUACUUAAUAUCCUCUAUAUAUCUAAAAAACCUUUUAUUAAAUGAGGUUUAAAAAAUU